AUGGCGGCCAUCAUGACGUUCUCGGCCCUCUACUGGGCGCUUCUUUCUUGUCUCGCGCUGGGAGCUGCAUCAUCUCAGCCAAAUGCCAUCGGCGAACAUGUCUACGGCCCGCUGGUCCCCCGAGGUCACGCCGGUAUGGCUGCUCGUCGCCACAUGCAUGCACAGGUCCACGCCAUGAACGCCUCUGUCGCCAACAUGAUGCUCUACGGCCGCGCCGACGAACCCGAUAACAGAAACCCCGAUGGAACACCCUACGGCCCUCUCUCUUACGUCCCCGGAUGCUUCUACUGCCCCUCGAUCGAGGACCUGGCGUUGGAGGGACGCGCACUGCUCGACAGCCUGACGACGGAGAAGAUGAAGACGUACAUGCGCAAGGACAGGGCCGACACGCUGCACGACAAGUGCGUCUUUUACACCAGCUCGCUCACCGCGCCUGAACCGAAAUACCUCAGCAAGGGCGCGUCCGACUGGGCGUGCCGCAAGGGGAAAAUCAGUAUCUGGCACAUGUGGCCCAACAAGGCCAUGGAGGCAGCUGAGCUCCAGUACCGCGACUUUUACGGCAUCUUUGAGCCCGGCUGGCUCAACUCGAUUGUCUCCCUGCCCAAGAUCAACAACGUGCCCCCGCACAUUGUCUACUUUGAAAACAUGUCCGAGGCCAUUGCCCAGUCGUGCUCGGGCGAGGUGGUCAUCAUCACCCAGUCGCCCGAUAACAUGAGGCAAUAUGUCGACGGCACACGCGGCGAGAACAUUUGGAAGAACAAGGAGCGGCCUGCGCUCGAGAUACUGUGGCGAAGGGGGGUUGUCACCAAGUUCUACGUGGUCGACUACAACAACAUGGACGACGCCUAUGAGUUCAACAUUGUCGACAGCUCCACGGGCGACAAGGUGUCGUCGAGGCUUAUUAAGGUUGCAUCGCGCGACGACGGGUUGGAGAAGCGGGCGAUUUGCGACAGCAGUGGGCUGGACUCGCUGUCGUCGAUGCCAGCAGACCCAUUUUCGGAUUCUUAUUCGUUGUUUUAG